CCCUGCAAAAGGCCAGGGGUCGGAGAGAAGGUUAGCACUGCCCCUCCUGCCUGCUGGCCUCCCCUUCUUAUAGCCCAGCCCCUGCCUCUGCCUCUGCCAGUCACCCAGCGCCCUCCGGAGCCGUCGUGUCCUGCCAGAGCCCCCCCGCUACACCCACGUUUAGUUGCUCAAGAUGCCUCACCAAUACCCAGCCUUGACUCCUGAGCAGAAGAAGGAGCUGUCAGAUAUUGCCCACCGCAUUGUGGCAACUGGCAAAGGCAUCCUUGCUGCUGAUGAAUCCACUGGCAGUAUUGCCAAGCGCCUGAGCUCCAUCGGUGCCGAGAACACGGAAGAGAACCGUCGGUUCUACAGGCAGCUGCUGUUCACUGCAGAUGACCGUGUCAACCCUUGCAUUGGUGGCGUUAUCCUCUUCCACGAGACCAUGUACCAGAAGGCUGAUGAUGGGAGGCAGUUCACCAAGGUCAUUAAGGACAAGGGCGCUGUUGUUGGCAUCAAGGUAGACAAAGGUGUUGUGCCUCUUGCUGGCACUAAUGGAGAGACUACCACCCAGGGCCUGGAUGGCUUGUCUGAACGCUGCGCUCAGUAUAAGAAGGAUGGCGCUGACUUUGCCAAGUGGCGCUCCGUCUUGAAGAUCACUGCAACCACCCCUUCUCGCCUGGCCAUCAUGGAGAAUGCCAAUGUGCUUGCUCGCUAUGCCAGCAUCUGCCAGCAGAAUGGGAUUGUACCUAUUGUGGAACCUGAAAUCCUCCCCGAUGGUGACCAUGACCUCAAACGCUGCCAAUAUGUGACAGAAAAGGUUCUGGCUGCUGUGUACAAGGCCUUGAGUGACCACCACAUCUAUCUGGAGGGGACCCUGCUCAAGCCAAACAUGGUGACUCCUGGUCAUGCCUGCACCAAGAAAUACAGCGCUGAGGAGAUUGCCAUGGCAACCGUCACCGCACUUCGUCGCACUGUGCCCCCAGCUGUGCCUGGCAUCACCUUCCUGUCUGGUGGCCAAAGUGAGGAGGAGGCCUCCAUCAACCUCAAUGCCAUCAACAAAUGCCCCCUGCACAAGCCAUGGGCCUUGACCUUCUCCUAUGGCCGUGCCCUACAAGCAUCUGCCCUCAAGGCCUGGGGUGGCAAGAAAGAGAACCUCAAGAAUGCCCAGGAGGAAUACAUCAAGCGUGCUUUGGCCAACAGCCUUGCCUGCCAGGGCAAAUAUGUUUCAACUGGCCAAACUGGAGCUGCUGCCAGCGAGUCCCUGUUUGUUUCCAACCAUGCUUAUUAAAAUCAGGGGCUUGGUUUCUCUGUCUGCUCUCACUUUUGUUGUUGCAUUGUGCCUGAGCUCAUGUGGUGUGUACUGUCUUCUCUUCACCCCUCCCUUUUUGCCAGCUUCUUUGGCAGGGAAAAGUGGAAAUCUUCCCCAUCCUUGCCUUGAAAGCAUCUAGAAGUCUGGGCAUGUUCCUUCCUCUAAUCCCCCCACCUUUGUGUGACUCCUAGCUUUUCCCCUCUGGUGACCGACACUCCUGGUCCAUGGCCAAAACAUCAAAAUAUCUCCGGAGCUGGGAUACCUGACUCAUGGACCUCUAGAAAUAAAGAGAAUCUAUUUAAACAUUACAA